CUUACUGAGUUGCCCUGGUGAGCUCAGAAAUCUGAAAUUGAACCAUGAACAAAAUCUACUACUCUUUCUGCCUUAUCUUUAGUUUAGCGUGGUUAGCCGUCAUGGCAGCCAGCAACAGUAACAUUACAGCUGAUCAAUCAGCUCUUCUUGCUUUUAAAGAUCGCAUGAUCACCUCAGAAUCUCAGAAAAUCUUGGCAAAAAACUGGUCCGUCACCUCCUUCGUCUGUGAUUGGAUGGGGAUCACCUGUGGCUCUCGACACCUCCGAGUGACUGCCCUGAAUAUUUCAGACAUGAACCUUGCUGGUACUAUACCUCCUCAACUUGGGAAUCUGUCCUUUCUUGUUUCCCUUGACAUUAAGAGAAACAAUUUCCAUGGAGAACUGCCUCGUGAGCUUGCUCACUUGCGCCGAUUAAGACACCUUGAUUUUGGAAUCAACAAUCUCGGUGGAGAGCUUCCCUCCUGGUUUGGUUAUUUACACAAACUCCAAUACCUUUCUCUCAGAAACAACAGCUUUACGGGUUCUAUCCCGCCUUCCAUCUCUAACAUGUCAAACUUGGAGACGCUAUGGCUGUCACACAAUUCCCUUGAAGGGAGCGUUCCAAUAGAAUUUCAGAAUCUUAAUAAUUUGGAGAAUUUGAUUAUUGAGCAGAAUCAGCUUUCGGGUCCGUUUCCUCUCCACAUCUCCAAUAUUUCCUCGUUGCAAGCCAUCUCUUUUAUGAGCAACAGGUUAUCUGGCAUUCUGCCAGACAACAUCUGUCACGGCCUUCAGAAACUUACCUGGCUUGGUCUAGGAGGUAAUAAUUUGACUGGUCAAAUACCUUCAACAUUAUCUCAGUGUUCACUGCUUCAGCAGUUUUCCUUGGCUUCGAACCAUUUAAGUGGAUCCAUACCUAAGGCAAUUUGGAACUUGACAAUGCUGGAGGGACUAUACCUGGGGAGUAACAAUUUAACAGGUGCAACUCCAAAUGAAAUAGGUAAUCUAACCAUGCUGACCAUUUUAGAUUUUGCCGUCAACAAAUUGAGUGGUGUAAUUCCAAUGGAAAUAGGGAAUUUAGCUUGGUUGACGAGUUUAUAUUUUCAAAGCAACAAAUUGACAGGUGGAAUACCUGAAAAGAUUGGGAACCUUCACAGAUUGGAGAUGCUUGUUCUAGGUGAUAAUACAUUGUCGGGUUCCAUACCUAUAGAAAUUUCUAACAUUUCAUCUCUCCAAGUUAUUGAACUCUAUCAGAACAAGUUCUCAGGAACUAUUCCUUUGACAAUGAAUCAUAAGCUUAACAAUCUGGAGACUUUAUCUCUUUAUCAGAAUUACUUAACUGGAGUUAUUCCUAACUCCAUCUCAAAUGCUUCAAACCUUGUUGAUUUGAUGCUUGACGAUAAUGAGCUCAUAGGUUCAAUUCCCAGCUCUUUAGGAAGUUUAAGAAAUCUUCAAUUGAUAAACUUGGGUUUCAAUAGGCUGUCAAGUGAAUCCUCAUCUCCAGAAUUAAGCUUUUUCACUUCCUUGACGACUUGUAGAUCCUUGAGAUAUUUAGAGGUGCAUCAAAAUCCUCUAAAUGGUUUUCUACCAGCUUCCUUUUCUAACUACUCAAGUUCUCUAGAAGAUUUUGGUGCAUACAAUUGUAAAAUCAAAGGAAGCAUCCCACUCGGAAUCAGCAAUUUGAGCAGUUUAUUAUACCUUGAUUUUUCAAAUAAUGAAUUGAUUGGAUCUAUCCCAAGAACUAUCAAUAGGCUGAUGAAUCUUCAGGAGUUUUACUUAGAGUCCAAUCAAAUAAGAGAUGUCUUGGACAGUUUUUGUGGAUUCCAAAGUUUGGGGUCCUUAGCAUUAGGCCAAAAUCAAUUCUUUGGUAGUAUUCCAGAAUGCUUCAGAAAUAUGACAAGUUUGAGACAGAUUUUACUGAACUCCAACAUGUUGGCAUCCACCAUACCUGCUACGCUAUUGAGCAUGAAAGAUCUCCAAGUUCUAAACCUGUCAUCAAAUUUCUUUAGUGGAUCGCUGCCUCGAGAGAUUGGGAACCUCAAAGCAAUAUAUAGUUUAGAUCUCUCGAUUAAUAAGUUGUCAGAUGUUAUUCCUACUACAAUUGGAGAGCUACAAGCUUUACAAACUCUUUCAUUGGCAAAAAAUAAUUUACAGGGUUCUAUACCAAAAUCAAUUAGUAACAUGUUGAACUUGGAAUUCUUGGACAUUUCACACAAUAAUCUCUCUGGCACAAUACCCAAGUCAUUGGAAGCACUCAAAUACCUUAAGGAAUUUAACGUUUCUUUUAAUAGAUUAAGUGGUGAAAUUCCUCGAGGUGGUCCCUUUAGAAGCUUUACGGGUCAAUUAUUCAUGAACAAUGAAGCACUCUGUGGUGACCCAAGGCUUAGUGUUCCACCAUGUCAAAGUAAUUCAAUUACAAAAUCAAACAAAAGAAAGAAGCUUCUGCUUGUAAUGUUGCUGUCAGGUAUUGCAGCAAUAUUGAUGGUAGUUACUAUAACAAUAUGGAUUCUAAGAUGGUUGAAGAAACCAAACAUUUCUAGUGGAACAGAGUUGAUGUCAGUGGCAAAAUAUGGAAGAUUUUCAUACUAUGAACUUUUGCACUCAACUAAUAACUACAAUGAAAGCAAUUUGAUUGGAAAAGGGAGCAUUGGUUCUGUUUACAAAGGGAUCCUAAGUGAUGGCAUUGCUGUGGCUAUCAAGGUAUUCAACUUGCAAGUGGAAGGUGCAUUGAAAAGUUUUGAUAGAGAAUGUGAGGUACUAAAGAGUCUACGCCAUCGAAAUCUUACAAAGGUGCUCGGUAGUUGCUCCAACCCUGAAUUUAAAGCCUUGGUACUCAAAUAUAUGCCCAACGGGAGUCUUGAGACGUGGUUGUACUCGCACAACUAUUUAUUAGAUCUAAUUCAAAGAGUAAAUAUAAUGAUCGAUGUUGCUUGUGCAUUGGAGUAUCUCCAUUAUGGUUACAAUAUUCCUGUUGUACAUUGUGACCUGAAGCCCAGUAACAUCUUGCUUGAUGAAGAUAUGGUCGCUCAUGUAAGUGAUUUUGGUAUUACAAAAAUGUUUGGUGAAGGAGAAAGUAUUUUGCACACCAAAACCCUUGCAACACCAGGAUACAUUGCACCAGAGUAUGGAUCAGGAGGGAUAGUUUCCACAAGAAUCGAUGUAUACAGUUUUGGAAUAGUUUUGAUGGAAACUUUUACAAGGGUAAAGCCUACUGAUGAAAUGUUUUCACGAGAUUUGAUCCUUAAAAGUUGGGUAGAAGAUUCUCUCCCUGAUGCAUUUCAGGUCAUUGAUGCCAACUUAAUAAGGCAAGAGGAUGAGCAUUUCACCGACAAGAUGAAAUGUGUUAUAUUUAUCAUGAAAUUGGCUUUGAACUGCUGUAGAGAAUCUCCAGGAGAAAGGAUGAAUAUGAAAGAUGUUUUAGUAGAAUUGAAGAAGAUUAAACACCAACUUCUUAUCAUACCAACAGUCAAACCUUGAGUGGACCAGAUACAAUGUUGCAGACCAGAUCAAGCAAAUAUUGCUGUAUAAUCCAAAAGCUUGAUUUAUUGUGAAGGUUGGAGAGAGAUGUACUUGAUUCCAUAGGUGUCAGUUGCAUCACAUUUGGACUUUCAAUUAUAGGGCACAUUUCAUAACUGCUUUUAUUUUGCUUUUCAUUUUUUCUUCUUUUUAAUCCAUUUCAAAACAAGUUUUAUUUU